UGCAAAGCAAUGGAGUGCACGAUUCGUUCUUUGCUAAAUGUCUGUUGAACGUGAACAUUUUCGUGAUAUAACGGAUGUUAAUAUUAGCUAUAUAUAUAUAUUUACUGUUUUUGGCAUUAACAGGUUAAAUUCUUUUGGAUAACGGUAUUAAAUCCAAGUCAAGAUGAUUAGUAUUGCAUGGAGGACCAAGAGUACUGUGAGGCGCGUCUGGAGUGACGGUCCUGAGACAGUGUGAGGAUGGACAGCACCGUCCAUGGAUAACAUAGGCUCCUUUAGCCGCGUCAACAUGUAAAGCCUGUCCUUGGCUUGCUCCGUCGUCCACAAUGCUCACGAUGAAGCAUUCGCUGGUAGCUGUCAUUCUCCUGUCCAUUGUUCUCCGUCUCGGAGCCACCCAUCAAUUCCAGACGUUCGACAACGGGCAAAUAUCCCCCAUAGGGAACCUGGAACACCUGGUGAGAUCUCUACAGAAGGAAGUCACUGACAUCAGGAAGGAAGUUCACACGCGCAUGGAUACUAUGAAAUACGAACUGACCUGCGAGAUCCGCAACAUGAAGGAGGCGCUCUCGAAGGAGCGAGAAGAAAUGAGUGCUAAGGUGGAUCAAGUAGCACUUGAAAUGACCGAUUUCAAGAAGAAACUCAAGAGAGGACUUAGGAGGGUCGGCACACAGAACGACGACAUUAAGGGCGAGUUAAGGUCGCAAAAGGCGGAACUCUUCGCCGUCAGAAAUAGUGUGUACGACGCCAGGGAGGAAGUAUUAGACAAAGGGAACUUGAUACUUCGCAAGGUUAACGCCACCAACGGAACUCUAGUCUGUCACUUGAGCGAUCUACGCACCAAGCUCUACAAGAUCAACAACAACCUGGCGUUCAUCUCGGACGAGCACAAGAAGAUGAUGGAGGUGAUGAGUCGAAGAUACACCCACCCGAAGACUUACACUGGCGAGGACGCCGAGCGACUCCUCCCUGGAUGCACAUACACGCCCCUCGACACUCACGAACUCGGUCUUGAUUCCCUCAACAAGACUUUCCUUAACGAGUCUCUGACGAAGACCGUGAGUGGUUUAGACAGCGACCACCCUGACAAAACCACCUUACCCACUGAGGACACAUCACCGGAGGUCACCCUCCUGCCUACUAUGCCCGAGGAUUGCAACGACGAUAAGAGGAAGUACCUCGAGUACCCACCGAUGCCUCGCGACUGCAAAGACGUCUUCGAUCUGGGAUUCAUGGAAGAUGGAGUGUACCGCAUCCAGCCUCCGGGGCUUUCGUCUCGCGAGGUGUACUGUGACCACCACACCGCCGGCGGAGGCUGGACUGUCAUGGUGGCAAGACGCAAGCUUCCAAGACACAUCUCCUUCAACCGCACUUGGCACGAGUACGAGGUUGGGUUCGGUGACCCCAGCAAGGAGUACUGGAUAGGACUGAAGGCUCUCCACGCCCUGACCAGUGGCCGACCUCACCAGCUGAGAGCUGAUAUGGAAGACUGGGAGGGCAACACCGCUUGGGCAGCCUACACCUUCUUUGCCGUAGCGGGCGAGGAGGACAAGUACCGCCUGAGGAUCGCAGGUUACACUGGCACCGCUGGAGACAGCAUGAGGCACUCACACCACCAGAUGUUCUCCUCAGUCGACCAGGACAACGACCAGGAGAACUGUGAAUUUUUUUUGUUUGCAGGGGGCAGUUGUGCGCGUGGGCGUGGGGGCGGGGGUUGGUGGUGGGGGCGGUGUGCCUGUACUCAACCCACAGGUCAGUAUCGCCGGGGCCGGUACCAGGGGCCCGAACGAGGCAUCACCUGGUGGCACUGGAAGGACUCGAACUACUCCUUGAAGACGUUGCUCCUCAAAAUCAGGCCGCUGGAAUGAUGGAACAGCGACGACAAGCCUCGGGAGUGACCAGGUCGGAAGCAAUUCUCCGCCAGCUAACCAUGCCAAAAUGAUUUCUCCAAGUGUUCAGAUAGGCUGGUUCCUUAACAGCAUAAUCUUUCAACAAACAGUUGUCAACAUAGGUCACUGAACGAUGCAUAGCAAGUGGCUUCAAAUUCACUAAAAGACUUAUUGACUUAUUGAAUAUUGGCGCUACAAUCCACGGAAUGAUUGUUGAGUGACGUAUGCUAAUAACUGUUUAUAAAUAGUUUGAAACGACUGAAAACACUCUAGGAAAACACAUCAUCAAUGUUAUAUAUAUAGUCUAGUUACCGCCCCAUAUUCACUCCCUAAAUGAAUGUGGUUUGUCGUCGACGUGGCCUCAGAUGCACUAAGGGCUUCCAUUCGUCCUCAAGAACUUCACGACUUGGGUCAAGUCUCCGGGACUUAGCGAAACUUAGAUUCGUCAGCAAUUGCUUUCAAUGUGUUCAAUACCGAAAAGCGAUCCUAAGGUCUUUGGCCGUCGGGGUAGUUUCAACGGAUGGUUGAAGAUAGAAGGGUCCACGCCGUCUUCAGUUCUUUAGACAGACCAGAAGAUAGUAGCCCCUUGACAAAGGUUUCUUCUAUCAAUAGUCUGUCUUCUAAGAUCUUCGGACAGUACUAUGCAAAGAAAAAAAGUUACGCAUGUAUCCCUUGAACUUUGAUGCUAUUCUCCUUUUUCAUGUUCCAUUUUCGUCUCGAAUAAUGAUAUAUUUCUCACAUGGUAACACUUCAUAUAUUUAUAUGCACAAUUAUUUAUAAUAUACCUCAACAACACGCUUAUCAAAGUAAGUGUCUUUGAUCUGUAGCAAUAUUAAACAAAAUCACAUAACGAUCAAGCGAAUUUCUGGUGACAUCAGCAGACCUUGAAUAAAAUGAAGUCUGGGACGCCUCCAUAACGUGGUGUGGAUGUCAUCAGGUAAUAAACAUAUAGUAUAAUUUGUAAUUGGUCGCCUCAUUUGUACAGGAAGAGGUCCUGUUUGUUGAGGGAUCCUGUGUGAUGUAGCGGUGAGCCUAAUGCUAGUCUUUGAUCUUGACAAGAAUCGGUUUCCGCUCCUGCGUACUUAACGAGAAACGCGAUCAAUAAAUUACUAUUAAUUCAGCGUCUCCUUGCAGUUAAGACUACAAUUAAUCCUCACAAGAGUAUGCCCAGUAUGUUACUGAUAACGAGUGUGCUCUUCGUAAACACAUAUAUUAUCGAACCAACACGAGACUUUCCAUCAAGUCCCAUGUUAACUCCUCGUUAAUAUUUAUGCUUGUCUACUGAUGACACACUGGGUUUGUAAGUGAUAAUGAUUCUAGCAGUCAAUUACGAUCAAUUUUAAAUUUUUAACUAACUAUACUAAUGAAGAUAACAACUAUUUGACAAAAUAAGUUUAUUUAUUGAUUUAUAAGAAAGAUGUUAACUAUAAAGUCUGGAGAUUUAUGGGAAGAUAGUUUCGAAAAAGACUGUCAUUUAUUUUGUCAAAGUUUCUAGACGCUGAUUAAGGGGUAACUAUAUUAGAGCCAAGAAGGUGUUAUGAAGAUGAAAAAACAAGAGAUCUGAUUUUUAACGUUAGAGAGCGACUAAAUUGAAACAUUCUGAGUUUGUUGCGAUGUUGAGAGAACAAGGUUGUGAUGUUCGUCAUAAAGGAACUCAUCUGUGAUGUUUCAGGUGUUCUCAGUAAAGCAUUUUUUUAACUUAAUAUGUAUUAAAGAGUUGUGAUCUUGUGUUGUGAUCCUGAUCAUUAGUGAAUGUGCAAACUUGGUAUCUAAACUUACUGUUUAGUAUUGAGGAGUUAUAGCAGAGAUAUAAAGCUGUGAUGUUAUAGGCUAAAGAGUUUCAUAGAUUGUAAUGUUAUAGAAAACUAUUAGAGUUGUGAUUUGUAAAUUUAAAGGUCACGAUGUUGGCAUUUGUAAAUAUCAUAGGAAACGGGACUUUAGUUAUAUGUGAUGAGGUUAAGGGGGUUGAGAUGUUGCAGGCUAAGGGGGUUGGGGUGAAGAAGGCAGUGGGUUUGGGGUGCAGGAUUCUAAAUGGAUGGGCUAAGGGGUUGUGCUGUUGCAGGCUAAGGGGGUUGGGGUGAAGAAGGCAGUGGGUUUGGGAUGCAGGAUUCUAAAUGGAUGGGCUAAGGGGUUGUGCUGUUGAAGGCUAAUGGGUUGAGAUAUUGUAGGCUAAGGGCUUAAGAUGUUUGAAGUUAAGGGGUUGUGAUGUUGCGUGCUAAGGGUUGUGAUGUUGGGUGCUAAGGGUUGUGAUGUUGGGUGCUAAGGGGUUGCCAUGUUGAAAACAAUGGGGUUCAACACGUAAGGUUAAAAAGUUGAGCUAUUAACAGCAAACGGAUUUAGAAAUUAAAAUGACUAGGCAAUUAAAAUCUAAUUUAAGACCAGCCUAACUGCCCAUGGGGUUGUUGGGUAAUUAAGUGCUUGGCACCUGGAGAUUCAUAACGUCGCCAGAAGCAACACUUAAAAGUUAAUGGUUAAGGAAUCUAAGUAAUGGGUGCUAAUGGUGCAACAAAACGAGCGCGAAGGUGAUGAUCAGCAAAUAAAAAGCGAUCUCCAUAAUGGAGACAUAGGCUGAGGUACAGCAAAAAUUAGAUAUAGGCAUAUUAAGAAUCAAUCAAUAUCUAAGAAUUUGUAUAAAACUUAAUUACCUGUGAAUGUUAAAACUGAUCUCCUGGUAUUGUAUACACACUUCUGAGGGUGAAUGUUGAUGAAUGAUAUCUGUAAGUGAAUGUUGAGGUUGUAUGGUAAUUCAGUGAAUGUUGGGGGUGUAUGGUAACUCAGUGAAUGUUGGGGGUGUAUGGUAACUCAGUGAAUGUCGGGGGUGUAUGGUAAUUCAGUGAAUGUCGGGGGUGUAUGGUAAUUCAGUGAAUGUUGAGGGUGUAUGGUAACUCAGUGAAUGUUGAGGGUGUAUGGUAACUCAGUGAAUGUUGGGGGUGUAUGGUAACUCAGUGAAUGUUGGGGGUGUAUGGUAACUCAGUGAAUGUUGGGGGUGUAUGGUAAUUCAGUGAAUGUUGAGGGGUGUAUGGUAACUCAGUGAAUGUUGGGGGUGUAUGGUAACUCAGUGAAUGUUGGGUGUGUAUGGUAACUCAGUGAAUGUUGGGGGUGUAUGGUAACUCAGUGAAUGUUGAGGGUGUACGAUAACACAGUGAAUGUUGAGGGUGUAUGGUAACUCACUGAAUGUUGAGGGUGUAUGGUAACUCAGUGAAUGUUGAGGGUGUAUGGUAACUCAGUGAAUGUUGGGUGUGUAUGGUAACUCAGUGAAUGUUGAGGGUGUAUGGUAAUUCAGUGAAUGUUGAGGGUGUAUGGUAACUCAGUGAAUGUUGAGGGUGUAUGGUAACUCAGUGAAUGUUGAGGGUGUAUGGUAACUCAGCGAAUGUUGGGUGUGUAUGGUAACUCAGUGAAUGUUGAGGGUGUAUGGUAAUUCAGUGAAUGUUGAGGGUGUAUGGUAACUCACUGAAUGUUGGGGCUGUACGGUAACUCAGUGAAUGUUAAUGGUGUAUGGUAACUCAGUGAAUGUUGGGGGUGUAUGGUAACUCAGUGAAUGUUGGGGUGUAUGGUAACUCAGUGAAUGUUGAGGUCCUUAUACAGUGAAAGUUGAGGAUGUACGAUAACAGUGAAUGUUUAAGGUUGUACGAUAACACAGUGAAUGUUGAGGAUGUAUGAUAACACAGUGAAUGUUGAGGAUGUACGAUAACACAGUGAAUGUUGAGGAUGUACGAUAACACAGUGAAUGUUGAGGAUGUACGAUAACACAGUGAAUGCUGAGGAUGUAACAUAACACAGUGAAAGUUGAGGAUGUACGAUAACACAGUGAAUGUUGAGGAUGUAACAUAACACAGUGAAAGUUGAGGAUGUACGAUAACAGUGAAUGUUUAAGGUUGUACGAUAACACAGUGAAUGUUGAGGAUGUACGAUAACACAGUGAAAGUUGAGGAUGUACGAUAAC